GGGAAGGGGUAGGAGAAGAGGUAAGGGUGCAACGGGGUUGCCGACUCAAAUUCAGACCAGAGUCAGAGCUACUUGGCUCUUUCAUUGAGCAGUCUGUGCUCCUGAGCUGUGAAGCUCGCCUGGCGGUCGGAGCUCGGAGGUCAAGGAUCACGAGAAGACAGGGAAGCGGGACAAGAGUCUGCUUAAAGGAAGAAGUGACUGUGCAUUCAGAAGAGUUGUAGGCUAGCUAUGAGUAUGGAUGCCGCCGCUCACACCGCCUCCUCGACGUCGAUGCUUGCGCCGUCAGUGUCUCUGCGGCCGGGUGGAGGUAGGUCAGUCGCAUUUCGGCCUUUCAGAGGAGGAAGCAACUUGAGUAGCACCCAGCAGAGCAGCAACGUCGGCCAGGGAGGAACGCAUCAAGAAGGUGUUGGGAACCCUAGCGUGCGGAGGUUUGUUGGGGUGCCCCCGGAAAUUGGGUCCGUGAGGAGCUCUCGCGAUAGGAUCCGGUACAGCAGGGAUCGAUUGUUGCAGUUCAAGGAUGAGUGCACGGAGGCGCCGGAGGAGCUGGUGAACUCGGGGAUCGAUGGGUUGAUCAACAGCGGUGGUGCGGACGACUGGAUCAGGAGAGAGCCUAGGGAUGUGCCCCAGUCGCCGGCGUUCGGAGGUGCGGAGCCUGAUAACAGGGAUUGGAAGAGCCGAGCGCCGAUCCCUGCACCCACGGUCGCGCAGGAGGAUAGAUCAUCGUCUCGCGAUCAGCAGAGAGACAGAAACCCUAAGCAGCGCAAUGACAGGGGCGAUAGGAGCGAUAGGAGUGAUAGGAGCGACAACCGAGGUGCGCGCGAGCAAUCGAAUUCUUCUCAGGCGCAGCGGCAGCAGGAGAGCGCAGCGUCAGGACCGCUGCCCGCAAUCGUGAAGGCUGCGAAUCCGUGGUCGGCUCGGAGGGGAGCGCAAUCGGAGAAGGAGAAGGUGUACCGAACGGUGAAGGGGAUUUUGAACAAGCUGACGCCGGAGAAGUACGAUCUGCUGGCGGAACAGAUGAUGCAAGCGGGAAUCAGCUCGGCAGAGAUACUGCAGGGCGUGAUUUCUCUCAUCUUCGACAAGGCGGUGCUGGAGCCGACGUUCUGUGCGAUGUACGCCCGGCUGUGCUUGCAGCUGAGCAAGGAGCUGCCGGAGUUUCCGAGCGAGCAAGCUGGAGACAAGCCGAUAACGUUCAGGCGAGUGUUGCUGAACACGUGCCAGGAGGAGUUCGAGGGCGCGGACGCGAUGCGAGAGGAGAUAAAGAAGCUGACCCGGGCGGAGCAGGCAGUGGAGCGGGACGAGAAGGAGAAGAAGGUGAAGUUGCGGACGUUGGGGAACAUCAAGCUGAUCGGCGAGCUGUUCAAGCAGAAGAUGCUGCCGGAGAAGAUCGUGCAUGCGUGCAUCCAAGAGCUGCUGGGGCAGGAUCCGAAGGGCAUACCGGCAGAGGAGAACGUGGAGGCGCUGUGCCACCUGUUCACGACGGUGGGGAAGCAGCUGGAGGAGAGUGCGAAGUCGAAGAUGGCGUUCGACACGUACUUUGCGCGGCUGAAGGUGAUCGGGGACAGCAAGAAUUUGGCAUCCCGAAUACGGUUCAUGGUGCGGGACAUCCUGGACAUGAGGUCGAACAAGUGGGUGCCGAGGCGGGAGGAGAUGAAGGCGAAGACGAUCAACGAGAUCCACGCGGAGGCGGAAGCGAAAUUGGGACUACGGCCGGGGAUGAUGGCGCUGCGGAACGGGAGAGCUGCGAUGCCAGGGUUUAUGCCAGGGUCGGGAGGCAUGAUGCCGGGCAUGCCAGGAAUGCCCGGGAUGGCGGGAAUGCCAGGAGCACCAGGGGGAAUGCCCGGAGCACCAGGGGGGAUGGGCGGGGGUCCGAUGAUGGGGAGCUUCAUGGGGCCAAGAUUGGAGGCGGACGGAUGGGAGACGGUGAGCAUGGGGAGGAGGAGCAGGAAGGAAAGCACGGGAGUGCUGCCGAUGCCGGGGAGCGGAGGAUUUGGUGGGGUGGGCGGUCCGAUGGGCGGAGGAAUGCCAGGAGCGAUGGGUCAUCAGGGGCGUUACGGUUCUCCGUCGAUGCGGACGAGCAGCGUGGGUGCGAGGGUGCUGCCGCAAGGCAGCGGUGGGUACGGGUUCAUGGGGAAGCCAAGCGCAUUGCUGGGCAAUGCUCCCGCGAAGCCAGCGGUGGAGGUGGCGAAGGCGCCAGAAGUAGUGAGGGAAGCCGUCCGGCCAGCAGUGGCAGCCCAAGCACCGGCUGCAGGAGGUGGGGCUCCGGCGGCGGAGCUGACGAAGAAGUCGGAGUCGCUGUUGAAGGAGUACUUGUCGAUUGUGGAUUUGAACGAGGCGGCACUGUGCGUACAAGAGCUGAAGAAUCCAGGGUUCCAUCCGGAGUUGGUGAAGAUCGCGAUUUCGACAGCCCUGGACAUGCGCGAGAAAGAGUGCAACUUGGUGCUGAAGCUGCUGUUGCACUUGCAGUCGAAGGGGGUGAUAUCGAGCGGGGACUUGCGGGGAGGUGUGUUGAUGGUGAUGGAAGGGCUGGAGGACAUGGCGAUGGAUGCGCCGUUGGCUCCGAAGCAGUUGGGAAGCAUGAUUGCAGGUCUGGUUUUGGCUGGGGCGUCAGAGCUCCGGUUGGUGCAGGAGGCAGUAGCUAAGCUGGAGGACGAGUUUGUACAGAAGGAUGUGUUAAAGGGUGUAGUGAACAAGUUGAAGGAGAACGAAGCGCAGCUUGAUGAGGUGUGUCGGAGGGCUUCUGUGGACAAGGAGGGGAUGUUGAGUGUGACAGUGGGGAGUGAUGUUGCAAAGCUUUUAGGUUAAAGGAAGGUCGUUUUUAUCGAGGUUUUGGAUGGGGAUACUGCAAUAUAUCUGUGAAUACGGAUAUUUGAGUAAGAAGUAAAAUGUUGUGUAUAUUUCUUCCUAUGGACACUAAGAUUGCUGGUUUUUCAAUGGUUAUGAAAUUGUUCUGGACCUAAUUUAGAUCGUUAGUUUUGACUCAUUGAGCUAGGCCUGUUGGUUUAGAGCGAGUCCCCUAGAUGUUAUAGAGUUUGUGUCGAAUCGGAGUUAACAAGGCAUUGUUUGUUGUUAUGCCAUGUCAGCUUGUGAAGUUGGACGAUUGUAGGUUAUAAAUUAGUGACUGGUGAAAAUUCUGCGGUCACGAUCCAAAUAAUCUGGCUUUUAUGGUUCAUGUGAUUUUAUCUUGGAACUUUUCCAUACUUUCAAUGACACCUGUAACGGUACCUUUGUGAGCA